GUUCAUUCAUGUUCAGUUAUGUUUAUUCAAAGAAUUCAAAAAAGCUUUGUUUUAAAAAGAAACACUCGUCUGUUUAUUUCGCAUACUUCGUUUUCCACAUUUUAUUCAGCUCUAGUUACUGUAAGUACUUCUUUAUCUAAAAUCAUGAAGCCUGUUCAGGACUCAUCUGUUCAGACAGACAUCGCUUAUGAUUUCUCCGCUCUCAAUGACAUUUUUUUCACGAUGCCCCUUAUUCCUAAGUGGCGAUGUGAUUUGCGUAUUGAUUCUACUCACAAAAGACAUGAAAUAGGUCUACAUCCCACAACCGACUGCUUGAAAAACCUGCUACUACAAGCAGCUUUAUUUGCAAGGGAAUAUUCUAGAGGAACUACCGACACGUUUCUUCGAGUGGCUGCCAAGAUUAUUCUGGCUGGAUGUUAGAAACAACCAACUGGAGAGGCUGCCUGGUGAAGUUGGCCAACACAGACAUAUGCACACUCUACUGCUGGAGAACAAUCCACUGAGGGAGUUGCCAGUUGAAUUAGGGAAUGUGAGAACCCUGAAAGCCCUGGGACUGAGGGAUUGUCCAUUGCACUUUCCCCCUGUUGCUGUUCUGUCCCUGGGAACAGAAAGCAUUCUGUCUUUUCUCCGGAGAGCUGCUGUCAAUGCUUCUACUGGACUGGAGCCUAAAACACGGCACAGUAAUAUCACAUAUAUUGAAAAGGAGAUGAGAUUGGGGUGUCAACCCAGUGAAUGGUUUGUAGACCAAAGGAACCUUGAAACAAUCAAACCAGGAGGCACUGUGCCAUUUCUGGAUUUCACUGCAGCAGCGUCACUGAAAAAGCCUUUGCGCUUCAGUCAAUACAGAGCACUCAGAAAGCAGAAACAGAGGAAGUGUGAAACUCUACAAAGCAGCUCCCAGGCUCAUUCCUCCUGGCAAGAGGGGGGAUCUUGUCAACCUUGUCCUCAAGGGUGGGCUGCUGUUCCUCCAGCCAGUGCAGCAGAGCCUGAGACAAAGGAGAGAUACAGCAAGCCUGAUGAGAAAAAAACUGAAGAAAAAUUCUCAGCUGUGUUCAAAGAACUCACAGAAAAACAACUCCAGAUGGAAAAACGAAAGAUAGAUCAGGAUGCAAUUCAAAAACUUUCAGUUCUGUUGCAGAAAAAGAAGGAAAAUAUCUCCAAGCCUGGCUAUGAUGUUCAUCCUAGACAGGUAACUGAAACUAAUGAAAAUAAAGAUGAAUCCAAAAUACAGAACCAUGAAGUACAAUAUGUGGCAAAUAAAUAUCACCUGGGCAACAAAGAGGCUGGAAACUGUCAGCAAAUCAAAAUACCAAGGGAGCUGAAAAUGUUGAGGACUGAAGAAAUAGAUAAAUGGAUAAACCAACACUUUAUGUUUCUUUACAAAAUAAGAAAGAAUCAAAAUCUGGAAUCAAGGACAUCUUGUUAUCAGAUAACACCAAAUUGGAACUUUCUGAAUGCCAAAUGUGCGGUUUGGCACAGACCCGAAGCAGUUCAUCUCCCAGUCAACACCAUCCCUACAGUCAAGCAUAUUGGUGGCAGCAUCAUGCUGUGGGGAUGCUUCUCUUCAGGAUGAUCUGGGAGACAUGCCAAGAUUCAAGGAAAUAUGAGCUGAAAAAGUACUAGCUAGUGAAAACCUUUUUUUCUGUCUGCUGAGGCAAUAUUGGUCAAAUGGGAGAAAGUUAAUUUUUCAGGAGACGAAUGAUCCAAAACACAAGGCUAAAGCUGCACUGGUGUGGUGUAAGAGAAGGUGAAUGUCAUGUCCUGACUUGGGUGAUAUUGAGAAUGUGUUGAAAGCAGUGAUCUGUGAGCACCUUGAAACAGCUAGAACACAUCUGCCAAGAAGUAUGGACAAGAAGCACUAAGCCAGUGUGCAAAGUUAGUAGAGACUUGCUGAAAAGGACUUCCAGCUUUAAUUGAGUUCAUGGGUCUGGGUACUUAUGCCAUCACGGUGAGUUUUAGCUUUUUUAGUUUUUGCUGACAUUUACUGUAACUUACCUUGACUUGAUUUUGGUUUGAACAUUCUGGUUCUGGGUUAAAUAUGAAGUUAAAAAAAAUGUGUAUGAAUGAAUUUGUAAUUCAUGUAAUUUUAGUUCUGAAUUGUACAAUUGUAAUUGUAGUUCUGAAGGCAUGUGCAGACCAGCUGGCAGAUGUCUUCUCUGACAUAUUCAAUCUCUAGCUCAG